AUGUUGAACGGAAGCUCGCCCCUGCAGCGCUCCUCCACAGGCCACCGUGAUGAGCGUGAGCGUGAGAGCCUCAAUUCUUCCAUCCGAUCCUCCUUUGAACCCCGUGUUCCCCUCCAAUUUGAGACUGGAGCUGGUGUUGGAGCCGUCUCCACCGAGUCCACUGCCACUGCAUCAGUGCCAAUUCGCAAUGUGGUGCCGGUCCGGCCUACCCUGAAUGACCCUCCCCGUGACCCCCGGGAUGAAGGCGGCCCAUUGACCCCUCCGGCCACCGUCAGCCGUCCUGCCAGCCCCUACACAAUGAACCCACCCAUCGACUUUGAUGGCCUUAGCUGGCCUUGCCCCGGAACUAGACAGCGGCUGGAGUCGACACCGGAGGAGACCGACCAAAGAAUCCAGAAGUUGUCCGGAGCUAUCCGAACUAUUCUUGAAUGCAUCGGGGAGGACCCUGAAAGAGAAGGUCUUCGCGAGACACCAGAGAGAUAUGCUAAGGCAAUGCUCUACUUCACCAAGGGUUACGAGGAGAACGUCCGGGAUCUGGUCAACGGCGCCGUCUUUCACGAGGAUCACGACGAGUUGGUAAUUGUGAAGGACAUCGACGUUUUCUCGCUUUGCGAGCACCACAUGGUUCCAUUCACUGGAAAGAUGCACAUUGGUUACAUUCCUGACCGUCGUGUCCUUGGUUUGUCCAAACUGGCUCGCCUAGCGGAGAUGUUCUCCCGCAGACUUCAAGUCCAGGAGCGUUUGACCAAGCAAGUCGCCCUUGCCAUCUCGGAAGUCCUCAAGCCUCGUGGAGUUGGUGUUGUCAUGGAGUCUUCUCACCUUUGCAUGGUCAUGCGUGGCGUGCAGAAGGUCAGCAGCACCACGACUACCAGCUGCAUGCUUGGAUGCAUGCGGUCCAGUGCUAAGACCCGGGAGGAGUUCUUGACGUUGCUCAACCGCAGGUAA